CGAGCAAUGCAGAUUACCGGCUCUCCUCUCCUCACGAGCUGUCAGCGUGACAGCUCCUGUGCCCACCCACCUGUGUCCAGCAGUGCCACCCACCUGUGCCCACCCACCAGUGCUGCCCACCAGUGCCACCCACCAGUGCAGCCCAGCAGUGCUGCCAGUCAGUGCCACCAGUCAGUGCCCAGGGGUUGUGCCAGUCAGUGCCGCCAGUCAGUGCCCAGCAGUGAUGCCAGUCAGUGCCGUCUAUCAGUACCCAUCAUCAGUGUCACCUAUCAGUGCCGCCUAUCAGUGCUGCAUAUUAGUGCCACCUAUCCGUGACACCUCAUUAGUGCUGUCUAUCAGUGCCGCCUAUCCGUGCCACCUCAUU